AUCUCCCAGUGCCGCCGAGGACUGGAGCUGCAGUGGGGGCCUGACGGUCCGGACUGUCGCUUUGCCGGUGUGAACCUCAGAGUUUCCGGGAGGGCCCUAAUACGGAAGUGGCCCCCGUUGUGGGGGUCCCCCCCCACUUCCCCCUUUCCUCCCCCCUGCUCCUGUGUCCUUCGCGGCUGCGCGAGCCCUCACCGGGCAGGGUCUCAGUGUAUCUUUGGUCAAAGAAAAACUUUAGUCUAUAUGUGCUGCCUUGUCCACUGGAAGAAUGACAGAUGACAAAGAUGUGCUUCGAGAUGUGUGGUUUGGACGAAUACCAACUUGUUUUACACUCUAUCAGGAUGAGAUAACCGAAAGAGAAGCGGAACCUUACUAUUUGCUUUUACCAAGAGUAAGUUACUUGACGUUGGUUACUGACAAAGUGAAAAAGCACUUUCAGAAGGUUAUGAGACAAGAAGACAUUAGUGAGAUAUGGUUUGAAUAUGAAGGCACACCACUGAAAUGGCAUUAUCCAAUUGGUUUGCUGUUUGAUCUUCUUGCAUCAAAUACAGCUCUUCCUUGGAACAUCACAGUACAUUUUAAGAGUUUUCCAGAGAAAGAUCUUCUGCAUUGUCCAUCUAAAGAUACAAUUGAAGCCCAUUUUAUGUCUUGUAUGAAAGAAGCUGAUGCUUUAAAGCAUAAAAGUCAAGUCAUCAAUGAAAUGCAGAAAAAGGAUCAUAAACAACUCUGGAUGGGAUUACAAAAUGAUAAAUUUGACCAGUUUUGGGCCAUUAAUCGGAAACUCAUGGAAUAUCCUGCAGAAGAUAAUGGAUUUCGAUACAUACCUUUUAGAAUAUAUCAGGCAACGACUGAGCGACCUUUCAUUCAGAAGUUAUUUCGACCAGUUGCUGCAGAUGGACAAUUGCAUACACUAGGAGAUCUCUUAAAAGAAGUUUGUCCUUCUGCAAUUACUACUGAAGAUGGGAUAAAGAAGAAUCAAAUUAUGAUUCAUGGAAUUGAACCAAUGUUGGAGACACCUUUGCAGUGGCUCAGUGAACAUCUCAGCUACCCUGAUAAUUUUCUUCAUAUUAGUAUCAUACCCCAACCAACAGAUUGAAGGAGAGCCUCUAUUCACCUAAAAAAGAAUGAGCAUCACCCUUAAACUGGAUCAACCAGAGCAUGUCAACCUUUUCCUUAAGUCAGGUUUGGUGGAGGCAACCUGACCAGAAAAACCUCCUUGCUGCAAUGCAAGCCAGACAGGAAAAAAAGAUCCCAUGGCCAGAUAAGGGCAGUUAGGCUGGCCUUACUCUGCAUCACCACUGCUUUCCUCCACUGCCGUCAUUAAACCUCAGCUGCAACAUGAAAGACUUUACAGGACCACUGCAAGUUUUCUGUUUUCUUGUUAAAUAUAAUGAAGCUGAAACUCAGCCUAAGAAGCAGAUGGAAAUAUGUGCCACUUGAAUUGUAUUUCUGAUUAACAAAUAAACAAGGGUAUUUCCUAAUGUGACCAUCUUUGAACUUUAGAUAGAGGGAGUGGAAACAUUGGUUUAAUUUUCAAGAGAAUUAGACUUAAGAAAGUAAAAAAGAAAUUCUGUUAUCAAUAACUUGCAGUAAUUUUUUGUAAAAGAUCAGAUUACAGUAAACCCAUCUUUCCUUAAUGAGAAUUUCCUAUGUUUACAGUAUGUAUUGGUAUGCAAACGAUCUUUUAACUUUGAUAAUGAGCAGUGAGAUUUUUAAAUAAAACCUCUAAACAUGUUUUGUCAUUUAAUAACAUGUACGAUUUUGUCGCUUUCAAAUAUUUUCUGACUUGUAUAUAGCAGAUCACUGUUUAUACUGUAUGUGUUACCAUUCAGACAGGUCUUCAAUGGCAUGGUGAUAGGCUGGGACAACUUGUCGGUUAGAGAAUUUCUUGCUCCCAGUUUUUAUAUCUUUAUGUGAAAAUAUUUUCUUUAUUUGAUAACACCAUACACCAGUGUUAAAGUUUAUCAUUGCUAUUUUAUUUAUCCCCUUAGACUGAGUCCGUCACAUUUUGGUAUGAUCAACAGAUGCAUUGGAUACUUUGGCCUACUGGAAAGCUCAUUCUUUUCCAGGCUAUUUACCCUGUCUCUGACUGUAAUGUUUUUAAUGUGGUCCCCUGGCAGUCAGCUUGUAAAGUUUAAACAUGACAUAUCCUUCCUUGCA